CAGCGCUAAAGUUAUUGGGCGGAACGUGGCGUGCGUGCUAGUAGCUGUAGCUACCUAGUCAGUCAGCAACCAAACCAGCGACGCUGUCUGAACAUUAACCAGGGAAGUGGUAGGCGACAGCGGACGGAGGAUUGAGUUUGGGCUGUCAGUCUUUUCAGAGUGUAAUUAUGGGGCUUUUCUCCCCACCAGGACAAACUGGAAGAACAUAGUUACAAACCAGUGGUCUUUAACUACAGCAUGGGCUCUGUGAUUAUUUUACUAAAAACUAAAGAUGAGAGUUAAACGAAGUUAGAAAUGUGUGGGGUUAGGGUUUUGUCGACGCCGAUGUCUCCGCUGUUGUCCAGGAGGACAAGAUGGCAGCAAGGCAGGCGUACUGAGCAUGGUGCGGGUAAAAAUUAACUCUUUAACAUGUUCGGAGAAGACUGGAGUUCAGAUCAUCGUAACGGCCUGUGAAGGUAUGGCCUCACAGGUUUUGGUGUACCCACCACAUGUUUAUCAAACCCAGACAAGUGCCUUUUGCAAUGUGAAGAAACCCAGAGUUGUGCUCAGUCGCUGUGCAUACCAUGAAAGGAUCCCACAAACAUAUGUGAUAGGCGUUAAUCUAGACAUUGCAAGCCCAACUAAUAUUGUCCCUUGUUCAGAGACUGAAGAGUCAACAACUCGUAAAACCCCAGCAGGGCAGGACUCCUUGCAGGCUGUGCCCCAGAAAGUGGUGCCGAGUGAGUACCUGUCAUCAGCACUUGACCCCCCUGAAGAAGUUGUUCGCUCACAGGAGGUGGCCUCAGUACAGCAGGGCAGGCCCGAGGGCAGCCGCGGAGUGACGGCAACAGCAGCGGCCGGAUCGGACAGAGGAGACAGUGGCCGCAGCAGUGCUGGAGGGGGAGGGCUGCCUUGGCAAGGCGAGGAGGAGGACGGCAGCGAAGACUUGGACACAGUUGACAGGCCUGUGAGAUGUGGGCUUAAACGUAAAGGUGGGGCUUUCGAGAACAGUACAAGCGCCAUGCAGAUAGUAGAGGACUGUUCCGCUCUGCCUGCCAUGUUGCAAACUAAUGUAGGGACCGCAGCCGGAGGGGCAGCAGCAGCAGCAGCAGCGGUGGUGCCCCUUAAAGAGUGUGGGACUGGGAGUGGGGCCGUGACUGGGACAGCAGAGGGGGACUAUCAGCUGGUUCAGCAUGAGGUGCUCUGCUCCAUGAAGAACACCUACGAGGUGCUGGAGUUCCUGGGCCGUGGAACGUUCGGCCAGGUGGUCAAAUGCUGGAAGCGCGGGACCAGCGAUAUUGUGGCCAUCAAGAUCCUCAAGAACCACCCAUCGUAUGCUCGGCAGGGCCAGAUCGAGGUGGGCAUCCUGGCCCGUCUGAGCAGAGAGAACGCAGAGGAGCACAACCUGGUGCGAGCCUUCGAGUGCUUCCAGCACCGCAGCCACACCUGUCUGGUGUUCGAGAUGCUGGAGCAGAACUUGUACGACUUCCUGAAGCAGAACAAGUUCAGCCCGUUGCCUCUGAAGGUUAUCCGGCCUGUGCUGCAGCAGGUGGCCACGGCGCUGAAAAAGCUCAAGAGCUUGGGCCUCAUCCACGCUGACCUCAAGCCUGAGAACAUCAUGUUGGUGGACCCAGUGCGGCAGCCGUACAAAGUCAAAGUCAUUGACUUUGGCUCAGCCAGCCAUGUCUCUAAAGCUGUUUGCUCUACAUACCUGCAGUCCCGAUAUUACAGGGCUCCAGAGAUCAUCCUCGGACUGCCUUUCUGCGAGGCCAUCGACAUGUGGUCUUUGGGCUGCGUGAUGGCAGAGCUGUUCCUGGGCUGGCCGCUCUACCCCGGAGCACUGGAGUAUGACCAGAUUCGCUACAUUUCCCAAACACAAGGUGUGCCAGGGGAGCACCUACUGAAUUCAGGGACCAAAACCCCUCGCUUCUUCUCUAGAGAGUCUGACUCGCCCUACGCUGCAUGGAGGCUGAAGACGACAGAGGAACACGAGGCAGAGACAGGCUUGAAAUCGAAGGAGGCCAGGAAGUACAUCUUUAGCUGUCUGGAUGAUAUUGGACACGUGAACAUGGUACUGAGCAUGGAGGGGGCCGACCAGCUGGCUGAGAAGGCGGACCGUAGAGAGUUUGUGGACCUCCUGAAGGCCAUGCUACUGAUCGACGCUGACCAGAGGCUGACCCCUGGAGACGCUCUCACCCACCCCUUCCUCACUAUGCAGCACCUCUUCGACUUCCCCCACAGUAACCAUGUGCAAUCGUGUUUACACAUCAUGGAUAUGUGUCAGACGAAGUCUAACUCGUACGAUACUCUCAGUCGCAACAAGGCACCAUCAAUGAGACCAGUCGCUUUGCCCAAUACCCCCAAUAUAAGUGUGGCUUACAACAAGAUGGCCUGCGUUCACUCACAGUCUUUAGCUCCAUCUGCUCCAUCUGUGCUUCAUCCUGGGAUCCCCAUCCAGGCAGGAAAUGCUCAGUUUGGCUGCAACGACUCCUUCCAGCAAGCCCUCAUCCUCUGCCCUCCAGCCCUACAAGGAAUCCCCUCGAACCCGAGCCAGCCGACAGCCUACCCUGUUAGAAUGGAGAGCGCCAUUCCCCUGGUCACACAAGCUCCAGCCAUUCAGCCCAUCACCAUGAGGCCAGGAGUCAUUGCCCAGCAGCCGUGGUCAAACCGGACCCCUCAGAUCCUGGUGCCAACCUGGCAGCAGGUGCCCCCUCCUGCCACCACUCUGGCAUCUGACAGCAUGGCAGGCCCACAACGGCUUGGAGAGUGGGGGAAAGUACAGCCGCACAGCAGCCAUUACGGCUCUGUGAUGCAGCAACCUCUCUUACCAAACCAAAUGGCAGUCUCUGCUCACCAACCAAUAAACAUUGGCAUCGCACAUGUGGUGUGGCCCCAGCCAGCCAACAAGAGGGGCAACCCCAGCCUGAACAGGAGUAUCAACGUCUCCCAUAGUGCGGACCCCCUGGCCACCACGUAUCGCCCCUCUCCAAAGAUGAUGGACAGGCCUCGGAGUGCGGGGGUCGAGGAUGUCCUGCAGCUGCCUGCCAGCUCGUUGGCCGCGGGGGUGGGCUCCGAGACUGAGGACCGCUGCCGUGUAGAACGGGACUCUGACGAUGGUCGGCGCAGGAAUCAUCACCACCGUCGCCGUCAGCAUCAUCAACGGUGGCAGCGGGGGAGAGAACGACGGCCUCAGCAGCAGACAAUAGUCAUCGCCGACUCGCCCAGUCCCACGAGCAGCGUGAUCAGCAUCAGCAGCGACCCCUACGACGGGGAGGACAGCCCUCGAAGGUGUGUGGGCAGUGCGGAGUGCGAGGCGUGUGAGAGCACUCUGAACAUGCAGCGCGUGUGCUCCCUCAGCAGCCCCGACAGCAGCCUCAGCACCAGCUCCUCGGCCUCGGACCAGUCCAGCCCCGAGCCCUGCAAGAGAGCCAACAGCAUGUCCGAGGACGACGGCAACGAGAGCGGCCGUGAGACGGUGGACGGCUCGCCAGCCUCUGACUCCUCGCCGGGCCCCGGCGGCAGCCCCUACUCCCAGGCGCCCUACCUGGCCAAUCAGAACAGCGAGAGCCGGCAUGCGCCGCUGGCCUCUACCUCGGAGCGCGGCGGCAACAACAAGCCCCCUGUCAGGACCGUGGCGGUGCCGCCCAUGCGGGUCCACAACAACAACAACUCCAUUCCAGACGAGCGGCUGGCCAGCACAGUCUUAGAGUCCUUAUGCCAGUCCAGAGGGCGCUGCGUCCCCGCACGGCUGAGCCACUUCUCCACCCCCAUUCUGCCCCACCAGCACAAGAUGAAUUCGGCCUUUCAGCAGCAGCAGCAGCAGCCGCUGGGCUUCGGCCAGGUCCAGCACUACGGCUCCUGCCACAAGGAGUGGAAUGGCAACUACGUGUCCCAUCGGCCGCAGGCGUACAUCCCGCCCAACGUACACGUUCACGCCUUCCCCUUGGCAGCCCAUGGCAGCCCCACCCACAGCGCGGUUCCGCCCCAGCCGCCCCCCCACUCCGCUCCGGUGCCGGCUCCAGCCCCUCCUCCGCCGCCGGUGCAGGCGCCCACGCUGCUCUCCUACCCGCAUCCCCCACCGCCCACCUCCGUGGCCACCGUGGCCCACCUGCUGGCCUCACCCUGCCCCUCCCGGCCCGCCGUCCUGCAGCCCGCCUACGGACUUCUGCAGCAUCCUCACCCGUCGCUCGCGGUGGGACUCAGCCCCCACCACCACCACCACCACCACCACCACCACCCGGCGCAGGGCCAGUUCAAGCCGCUCUUCCCCCCGCACUCCUUCAUGGCCUCGCCCGUCUACGCCGGCUUCCCCCUCAGCCCCACCAAGCUCAGCCAGUACCCCUACAUCUGAGCCUGAGCGCACGGCCUCGCCUGGUGCGCUCCACCACCUCCAUCCCCAGCACCACCUCCACCAACAACAACAACCACCACACGGCCACCACCGGCACAGCGGCCAGCCCACUCACCAGUUUUCGAUUCUGAAGGAGGGGGACUACUACGACAAACCCAAAAGAACCUUUUCGUAUUUUUUUAAAAAACCAUGUAGUUUGAUGAUGAUAAUGAUGAUGCAAAUGGAUUUGAGCUUUACAGUUAAUUAUGGAAGCAAGUGAAAUGAAUGAAUGAAUGAAUGAAUGAAUGAAUGAAUUGAAAUGUGAGAUUGAAGCAAAGUGAAUGUGUGUGGGUGCUUGCGUGUUUGUGUGCGUGUAUGACUGAGCGAAUGCAUUAGAUAACUCGCGUACAGUGUGUUUCUUUUUGCACAUUUGAUAAAAAUCCCAGUAUAGUCAGAUCUCCUUUUUGACAGGGAUGAGAGGAAUGACAAAAUCCUCCUACCCCACCCCCACCCCCACCCCCCCCCCCCCCAACACAAACACACACACACACACACACACACACACACCACCCAUCCCCACUUCUACCCUUUACUCUGACAAUUUUUCUAUGUUGCCUUGGAAACUUGUGUGCUAGACACAUCUUCUCUUGUGAAGCCAUCCCAGUCUCCCGUGUUUGGGUCACAUAUAUGCGUGUAUCAGCCUCACAGUGUACUGGUGGGACCGAUCCUUUAGUCUUUGUAGCAUCUUUGCUGUGUUUUCAGUGUUAAGUGACCCAACCGAAGGCACUCUCCCUCGAAAACGUCUGCAUGUUCUGUGCAUGGACACAAGAAAGUGACUGGAUCUUGUGCUUAUUUGUGUUUUGCUUUCUGAAGGGAAAGCAAACCUGGUGUCUGAUGAAACUCACUGCAUUGUAACCUAGUUCCCCACAAAAAAGUGCCUUACCAGUUUUGCAUUGGAUGUGGCAAGACAUUGCAACCCUGGCGUUUCCAGAAAGGCCCCAGACUGCAGCACUUGCAGAUCAGAUGAAGUGGUUACUCUUUAGAGUUGUAGUUAAUUCAUAUUAUGAACAUGGCUAUUUUUCUUCAUCUGGUUCAAUCAGUGCUACAGCAGAAGAGUUCACAUGCUAGAAAUAUUCAGUAUUUUAAUGAAUUUCAUUUCGAGGGGUCUCAUCUUCACCUUCACUCCUGUGACAAAAACAAGAUUCUGCAAGCUCGCGUCUAUGGAAACCAUGUCUUGCACAUCCUUGCACGUUCUUGCACACACAAUAACUCAGAACCAUUUUGAUAAUGUGGCCCUUAAUAUUAUAGCAACUUGGGACCAAAACAGUCUUCAAGUCCCAUCUUCAGUUUUGUUCCCAUCUGUGAUUUGCGUUUCUAUAAUUUCUUCACGUUCAGGUUUAAGCUCGUCUUUAUCGAAGAGGAUUGCGAAAAUCAAAUGCUUCCAGUGUAGAUUGCCUUUAUACAGUUUAGCGCUCUGUGUUGACUGCUAGUUAAUGGAACGUUUGAAACCCCAAGCCUUUGUCCCCUUUUCACUGAUAUAUACUGUAUUGCGUGUAAUUGGGUUGUUUAUGCUUUGGAUAUAUAGCAGAGCAAAAUGAUACUUUUCGUAAACAGUAGGCCGUUGUAUGUGUGUGAUGGCAUGUAUUCACGUGAUUUCAAGCUUAGGACGGUUGUGGUGGUGUUCACUUGGGUUAGGAGCGUUUUAGGAGGCAGCAUGCUGGGCAGAGGGUUCCUUCAGUGACUAGAGUAAAGAACGUUGGGAUGUUUCACACAGCCGUGUGCUUUGACUGUUUUACAUAGUUAUUAUCGUUAACAGUAUUGACACUGUUUUAACAAACGUAUAGUACAAUCCUGUAGUCUUGCGUUCUUUUUUUAGUGUUCAGGAUGGGUGUAUGAUUUAUUUUUUCUUUAGUUGUAAGAGUUUGCUAUAGCUUUGACACGCGAUUAAUGUUAACCUUCAAUUUCAUUUGGUUUGGUUUUCCAUUUAAGCCUGUUAAUACUUUUCAGUAUUUGAUCUCCAUCUGUCAAUCAUUGCUGGAGUACAUAUUUAGUGCUUUACCGAGAUGUGUGGUUGUGUGCAAUUUAUUCCUCAUUUUUGAUCGUGUUAAACAUUGUGCUCUUAAUCGUUCCAUUCGAUUAUAGACUUCUUUUUGUAAUACAUUCCGUCAGGGAGUUGUUGUGUCUCAUUUUGAUUUUAUUCUUGUCAUUUGGCAGUAGUUGCAUUGUCAUUGCUAUCAAAUGCUUUGCAAGACCAAAGACCAUAACUUGUUUCUCAAGCAAAGUAGCUACUGUUUUUGCAUAUACCACAAGUAUACCGUAGGUGGGACUUUUUAGGCAAAGCGUCUCUCUGUGUGGGUAAUGGAAAAAAAAGGUUGAGGUUGACAUUUUAGCUUUUUGGGCAAGUAGUAUCAUUUAUCUUGAAUGUAUCAUAGAUAAGCUGCUAUAUACUGAUUGCCACUUCCUAAUAGCUGUGAAAGUAGGUGAUUUUUAACGUAGAUCCUACUUAGCAUUCUUAUUUUUGUGUAAGUCUAAUUACAAUAGAAGUGUGGUUUUGAUAUCACCUAAUGAUAGAAGUGUGUGUUCUUUUGUUAUGACUUAGGACAGGCACCAAGACCCUUUUUUUUUAAAUGCUUCUGUAUAUUUUGGCUUUUAUGUUUGGAGUGUUGUUGUGACUACUGUAUUGCAAGGUGUUUGGGUUUGUUUUGAGUGUUUUUUUCCCCCCCUCACGUUUGUUUCUUGUCUGUGUUUAAAGUGUAGUUCUCGUUGGGCUCAUUGGUGUGUACACAUCUUUGUCUUGAUGUACAAUAAUUUAACUCUAUUUUAAUGUCUACCUUUUGUUGACACGAUUAGCUCUAUCCUGUAGGCUUCACUCGAUGGCUCCACUGUUAUGUAUUCCUGACUCUCAGAUAUGGUAUACUUUUAGUGCUGUUCUUCCUGUCUAUGCUGUGGGAUUGAGAGUUACCUAGUUAUCUGAUGUUCCUUUAACAUGCUAUUAAGCACUUGUUAACCUGUCAAUAAGCUAACCUGGUGUGGGUAUAUAUUCAUUAAUGCUUUAGUGUUUUCCGUUUCUGAAGUUGCAGUGUUCAAAGAAACUAUAAGCCUCAAAAUUAUCCUUUUAUUUUUCUUUUUUCUUUCUCACAGAUCCACGAUGAAUUAAGAUUUUGUGCAGGUCAUUGUAUCGUAACAAAGCCUUUGUGGUGUAGUUGCUGAGCACUUGUUGACGUGUUUGGUGAUUCUCCAGUGUCACUCGUCGGUGUGUUGCUUGUGAAAACCCCUGAGCUUCUCUCCUGGUUUACUGGGUGUAAAGCACAGAGUCUGUGCCUUUUUUCUAAAGCAGCGGGGAGGAGGGGCAAACAAGCCUUUGGAACCAAUGGGCACCCAGUGCCCAAUUUCCGCCCAAUCCCAUCGCUUCGUCACUUAGUGGAGAGCACAAUGUGCUGCCCAGUCAGAUCUUUUAGACCGGCUGUCUCCUACCCUAAUCACGUCAGCACAGUCAGACCUCAGUAAAUGAGAAGAGAUUUUCCUCUUUGAAACAGCAUAGGGUUUCCCACCAAGUAAGAUCUUUUUGUUCUGAAUGGGAGUCCUGAUCUCCGUUGAUCUGCGUAGUAGCUCCCCCUCUCACCCUACUCAAACACAGAGAUGCACAUACUCACUCUAAGUUGUUUGACUGUCUGUGUGUGAACAUGCUGAGAACCAUUUUAAUGAACGGACAAUAGAGCAGACAAUAAUAUAUUAAUCAGGGAAUAUUAGUAUGCUGAUUAAAUCACCCAAGACAUGAUUAUCUUGGAUUUGGGAGGAUUUACACAUAUACACUGUGAAUGUAGACAUGAAGUAAAAACUUAACAAUAAUUUGGGUAAAAGGAGAAAAAAAUCCCUCACUUAAUGGAAUUAGAAUAAUGUCUAGCCUGUUUUACUUAACCUGUAACAGGUCUAGUUGAUACUCUUUAAAUUGCAGACCUUUUAUUUUGUGUCCAUUUGUCCCCAACAGCCUGACAUAGUUUUGAUCUUCGGUGCGUCUAUUUCUCCAGCUCCUUAGUUUUAAGAAACUCAUCUGGUGGACAUUGGGCUGAGUGUAAGCAUGUAGCUCUGAAGGAACAUGUACAGUACAGAUACUACUGCUCGUGCACAUACAGUCAUGUUUACUAGUAUGCAUGUCAAAUUGAAGUUAGUUGUGUCUCUGAAAUGUCAUUUGUUAGAAGAAGGCAGAACAAUACCCAGAGGACAUGCCUUCGCACAAGCUCUACCAAAACCGCAUGUAUUUUGUUCCGAUAGGAAGAUAUCAGUGAUGAAAUACAGUCAAGCACUCGAGGACAGGACAAAAGAAAAUAUACUUUAUUUGGUGUUUGCUCAAUAAUAUGCACACAAUGGACUGAAUAGCAUUUGUGCUUUAUUUGACUUUUUACCAUUAUUAUUCAAAGUACCAAACAUUUUAGCUUAGUCCCUCCCCCCCCCUCCUCCCCCCUUCAGUUUAGAGAUUAUUGUACAUCAAAUUCAGGGUCUUUUAUAUUUGUCUCAUGUGCUACUGUAUUAUACCUAAAUCCUUAAUGCUUGGGUUUGAUUGCUUUAGAUAUAUUUUUACAUGGAUUUCCUUUUUAUUUCAGGCAGGUUGAAAAAAGUUGAAUCAUACUGCUUGUUAAUAGAUAAUAUAUUUAGAUUUACAAAGCAAAUAGUCUUUAUUUACUAGAUAUGAGCGGUUACUGUUUUCAUAUUUUGUGGCUCCCUUAAUUCAUUUUGCUCUUGAUUUUAUCCCUGCUACAUUAGUUUGCCAUGUAGCCAUUGCACUGUGCAAUAUUUACAAUAUGAGGACUGGGGAAUAUAUAUUUUUCCUUGAUGUAAUGUCUCUUACAGUUUGCAGUCGUUUUUUUCUCUCUAGUUCUCAGUGAUUUUUAUUUUUCUCAAUGUGAUCAAGCCUUAUGUACUUGUCACAGAAAGCGGGUUUUUCCUGGUGACUAUUGGUGAGUGUCAAAAUUAAGAAUUUAUGGUGUAUUGUCAAAAAUCACUUUGAAUAAAAAUAUCUGACUAUUGCAGCAAAAUUA